GGGACAAAGAGACACUUACCAAAUACCUGUCUAUAACAGCGGCCUUAGCCGUGAUUACCAUUUUCGCGUUUCUCAUCCAACGACAUGUGGCUAAAAGAACCAGAGGAAACAACAAUCAACGAGGAUGUGAAGAAGCCGAUGAGAACCACAUAGAGUCCUCGCAAGCUAAUGAACUUGUUCGACAUGGAGCUUACAACUUAUCGUUCUCCGGUGAUCCUGAAUGGGAAAUACCGCGAGCAAGGUUGAAUGUAGAGAAAAUUAUUGGGCGUGGUGCAUUUGGCGUGGUGUCAAGAGGCUUGGCGCUGGAUUUGCCAGGAAAACCAGGAUGGACUGUUGUAGCGGUGAAGAGUGUCCAAGAUGAUGCUUCAGAAAAAGAGAAGUUAGACCUGUUGUCAGAGAUGUCAGUCCUUAAGCACCUUGAUCCUCAUCCUCACGUCAUUCGCCUGUACGGCUGUGUUACUACUGAAGCACGGCCGCUCGUAGUGGUCGAGUAUGCGCAGUAUGGUGACUUGCUUGGGUACCUGAGGAAGAGCCGAGGAGUCCGAGAUAACUACUACAGUGAUCCUUCGGUAGAGCCCCGCACCAGCCUCACUUCCAAGCAGCUACUUAGGUUCGCAUGGCAGAUCAGUGAUGGAAUGGACUACUUGUCCAAGAGAAAGAUCAUUCAUCGCGACUUGGCCGCAAGAAAUGUUUUGGUUGGUGACGAAGACGUUUGCAAAAUCACGGAUUUUGGAAUGGCCAGAGAUGUCUGGGAAGAAGACAUAUAUGUGCGAACCCACGAGGGCCGUCUUCCGAUUAAGUGGACGGCAGCUGAGGCUCUGUUUGGAGAUGGUGCAUAUACUACUCAGAGUGAUGUGUGGAGCUUUGGUGUGGUGAUGUACGAGAUCUUCACUGUAGGUGGGGACCCGUUCCCGGGGGUGUAUAUGAGAGAUAUCCCCGCGCUGUUGAGGAAUGGGUUCAGGAUGUCACGCCCAAAAUUUGUCAGUGCAACGCUUUACGAUAUCAUGAUGGAAUGCUGGAAGACCGAACCCUUACAAAGGCCAGACUUUGAGGGUUUACGGUCACUAUUACAUAGCAUGAUCCAGGACGAAGAACAGGAAUAUGUCAACUUGGAGGAGCUGUUUUAUGAAAAUGUGCUACCAACCAGUCUCUCAGGAGAGUGGUCGGCAUAGCAUUGAGCUAAAUCUAACGAGAACAAGACAUAUACAGUUACCAGGCCAAUGUAUCAACUUAAACCGACAAAGGAAAGAUUGUAAGGGAAUAAAUAAAGAGAUUUACCUGGAGUAACUUUCGCAAUCUCUGACCGAGUUUCAGAUGUAGUUAUAAGAAGUAUACUGGGUGCUACAGCUGCAUUUUUAUUCUCAAAUA